UCGUGCCAGCUUACGAGUUACCACUUAUGUGGGUGAUUAGUGACUAAGUAAGAGCAAUUGCUGUUAAGAGUUUUGCUCAAGGUUACGGAGACAAUCUUUAAACCCGUAUACGUCAUAAUACCUGGAGCGCUAUAAGAAACAUUGUGACGUCAUACAUAAGGAUAUAAUAACAUUUUCUGUGAUAUUAUUUAAAUGUUGAAGUGACAAAGAAUUGAUUGUUACGUCACAAUGUUCAUUGUUUCAAGAAUCGAAAAAAGAAGUUAACGCGAUGGCGAGUUUCGGUGAGUAGUAUAUAAGUGAUUGUGACGCAAUAAUCGACCACAAUAGGCAACAUGCAGUUUUGUGACGCAAUAAAGAUGUUUGUGGUGAUCGUGGUCGCUGGAGCUUCGGAAGGCGUUUAUUACACAUCGGAUCGGGAAUGCUCGUUGCAGGGCACCAGCGAAGGAAUCGCGGACUUCGCUACAGGUUGUGGAUACCUUCAUUUCUCCUACCAAAACUACAAUGGUCCGUCACUCAACGUUCUCUCUAUGACAUCACAGUGGUGGAUUAUCGCAAAUGAUACAUCAAGAUUGGGGCUCAACGUAACCAUGACAACGAAUGGUGGGGGAUCAGCGUUAAUGAACCUUUUUGCUUCGAGAAGACCGAUGUUCUGCGGGAGAUUUGAAAUUGGGAACAAUAAUACACAGCCACAGAAUCUGUCAAUCUCGUUGGUAUGUGAACAGCGCUCAUUAUCCUUGGACAAUAGAUACAACAUAUAUAUUAACGAGGUGGAGCGUCAAGUCAUUUUUCCCUCAUGCUCGCUGCCCAUGUUUCAUCAAUCAAGACUUUGCAGAGUCAAAGCCGAAAAGAAAAUUUUGUUCGAGGUUUACGCUGAAACUGGUAAACAAUCGGUGCAAGUGACUUUGUCGGAUGCUGCUUACAAAUCUAGUGUUUAUGAUGUCAUAACGACCCGUAGACGCAGUUAUUUUAUCGCUAUCAAGAAAUGGAGGAGUUCGCUGAGUUUUACGCAGCCCAUUAUAUCAUACCAAGUUAUUUGUUACCCAGAGAACACAGUUGAAUUUGAGAAGUUGGAGCGUGGACAAACAUACACAGUGGUUGUGUGGAGACGUGGGGAGAUCGUGAGAUACGUUAAGUCAAUACAACUUAUAUAAACAUUAGUGGGAAUAUGGUGGUGUGGGAACUAUUACUGUUUGUGUCGUAAAAACAAGUUAAAAAACAAAACUAAUAUUUUAAAGAUUCUGAUUACAUUAUUUCAUAAAUGUUAAAUCAAGAUUUUUUCGGCAAAUUAGAACAUUAAAAAAUAACAUUGUAUUUAAUUUCCUGCAACACCUGUUAUAAUGUCUCUGAUUGCUCAUAAGACAUUGUGUGAUUCACCCGAUAUUUAAAUGUAUAUUUUUUAUUCAUUAUAUAUUGUAAUAACAUGGCACUUAUUAUGAAUAAACUUGCCUGAAUCAUG